UUCUUCUUCUUCUUCUUCUUCCAUUUUUUUUUUUUUUUCCGCAUUAGGUAGCUAAGUUGUUUUGACAUGUUAAGCCUCUCUGUCAGUUUCCUUUUCUUUAGGCAGGCAAGAUUUGCGGAGGUGGUGAUGGUAGGCAUCAAUCUGUCUUAAGGGGGUCCUGAUGUAAAAAAUAUCAUGGGAAGUUGACUAGUUUGCAGAAAAUUGAAAGGCUACCUACCAAUUUGUAGCCCCAAAGAAAUUACCAAAGAAUAAACUGAUGUAUCGACCCACCAAUAGAAAGUUUCCCUAUUCAUGGAUGCGAGUGUGUUCCAUCAAGUAACGAGUACAAGAUUGGCGGCAUGGCUUGGUGCUUACUAUAAGGGGGUCUCGUUGCAGUGUUUUGAUUCUGUUGGUGGUUAUUUUAGAUGUUUGUGAAAUCUAUUUAUCUUUUUUGCUUCUUUCAUGGUUCCAGAUGAAUAGACCUGCAAGGUCCUUGUCAUUUUGCUUCUUGAUCGCUUCGGAGGAUGAGAUGGCGAUGUUCUAUCGAAUGCUAAUAUUGAGGGUUCUUUGUCCAGAUUUACAACUUCAACUCUCUGUUCCUUUAUUGCGAUCAUUAUCUAUUCAGAUCACCUCUGUCUGUGAUGCAAACUUGUCUAGGAAUAUGGAAUUGGGAAGAUUUGCACUUGGAAAGUAGGCGGCAAUUUGUCUCAUUAUUGGAGAAGGGUGUUUUCCAAAGAAUGCUCUUUCUUUAUGCAUGUGUUAUGUAGCUCAUCUGGUGUAUGCAUCCAAUAUAUUGUGAUAGUGGUUCUUAUUUGGAUCUCAGGGAUGCAAGUGUUCCAUUGAGUAAUGAGUACAAGAUUGGCAGCAUGGCUUGGCCCUUGUUAUAAGGGCGUCUCGUUGCAGUGUUUUGAUUCUUUGAUUUUGUUGGUGGUUAUUUCAGAAGUUUGUGAAAUCUAUUUUUCUCUGUUGCUUCUUUCAUGGUUCCAGAUAGUUAGACCUGCAAGAUCCUUGUCAUUUUGGUUCUUGAUCGCUUCAGAGAAUGAGAUGGCGAUGAUCUAUCAAACGGGAUGCGAGUGUGUUCCAUCGACUAAUGAGUACAAUAUUGGCAGCAUUGGCUUGCUGCUUGCUACAAGGGGGUCUCGUUUCAGUGCUUCGAUUAAUAUUGGAAGCAUUGGCUUGCUGCUUGCUACAAGGGGGUCUCGUUACAGUUCUUCAAUUCAGUUGGUGGUUAUUUCAGAUGUUUGUGAAAUCUAUUUGUGUUUGGCUUUUCAGGUUGGCGAUGGAUUAUUGCUGACUUCAAAAGCUUCGUCCCAGCAAAUGGACGAUGCCAACACCCAAACAGUGUAGGGCUGGUACGUGUUAUGGAAGAGAACAUGGAGCGGUUGAGGAUCUAGAAUGUGGGGGAUGACACUCGUUAAUUAUGAGCCGCACCUUUGAAACUGAACCGCCAUUAGCAUGAAGGGGUGUGCCUUUGCUGGAGUUGCUCUUUGUGAACAGCUCAUUUAUUGAGUAGUUUUGGUUCUUUCUUGGUUUUAGAGUUAAUACCCCCCACUCUGGUCACUUUUGUGCCUUGAGAGUGCCUUUACAGAACUAGACGGUCAUAUCCACAGCCUCUCUCUCUCCACAAAAAAAAAUAAUAAUUCAAAAGAGGAGAAAACAGAGGAGAAAUAUUUUAGUUCUUUUUUAUUGGGCGGCCAAAAUCCUCAAUUUGGUCGUCAAUGUCUUUAGAAUCAAAUGAUCAUCUUCUACUGCAACUACUGUGAUCAUUUUGUAAUCUGGAUGUGUUUGUUUGGGUCCAUCUUGGCUGUGUUGCAGAUUUGUUGAGUUUUUAGGAAUUUGGACUUAGACGUUUCCUGUUUGCACUCGGAAGUUGGAAGUAGGCGGCAAUUGGUCUCAAUAUUGUAGAACAGGGUUUCUUAGGAAUUUAUUUCGUUUAUGCUCGUGUUAUGUUGUAUACAUUUGAUAUGUUGAGUUUUCUCAGUGGGGCUGGUCUGAUUUGGAUCUCAGGGCGCUCUAUAGUUGGACUAUCUAUUGAUGAGCACACUACUGGCAACAUGGUUUAUUGCUUGCGAAAGGGGGCGUCUCAUUGCAGAGUUUCUUCCAUUCUUCAUUUCUAUGGUUUGUUUAUAUCGUCAGAUUUCGUGAAAUCUACGUGUAUGCUUGGCUUUUCAGGUUUAGGCUUGUGAUUGAUUAUUGCAGACCGUAAAGCUUUAUCCAUCUUACCUGUAAAGAAAGGAAAAUAAAAAGAGAAAAAAAGCUUUAUCGAUGAAAAGAGAGAGAAGACACAACUCCCAGAACAUAUGGUAGUUGUUGAUUGCAUCAGAUAUUCAACUGCCGCCUUGGAGGAAGAAAUAUUAGUCCGUUUUAACAAGAUCCGCUCGGAGCUGUUGAUUGCAACAGAUUCAACCACUGCCUUGUUUUAUCUAAUAAGGGGGUUUCUUUGAUGAGUUUUGCUAAAUCUGGAUUUCUCUUUUGGUAGCUCACAUGUUUGGUGAAUCUAUGUUGAGUACCUCUGUUGGUUUCUUCAUUCUUCAGGGAGAGCAAGAUUUGUGGGGCCUGCAUUAAGAGACUGCAACCUUUCCUAUGAUUGUAGAAGGGGUUUUUUCUACUCCUAUAAAUGUUCUUUGGCCGUGCUUAUUUUCUGUUGCUCGUUUCUGUAUGCAUUCAGUAUGUAGGAAUUUAUAAGUUGUUCUGAUUUGCAUCUCAGGGCUGUGGAAUCGUCUUUAUCCAUCAA